GUCAUGGCUGUCCCAGGUAAAAAAGCCACUAAACAAUUUACAUUGUCAACAACCUCCAUAUGUUCUGAGGAAGAUCUUAAAGUUUACUGCCAGCCAUGUGAUCGGGAUGGUCCUAGACUUCCUGCUCAUGGCUAUUGUACAAAUUGCUCAGAACAUCUGUGUGAAACAUGCUUUACAUUUCAUAGAAGACAUACAUUGUCCAGACACCAUACUUUACAAGACAAAACUAGCAUGCCUCAGACCAUGUCACCCGCAAAUCCAGGACAGCUAGAUAGUUUCACAAAGCCAUGUCCUAAACACAACAUAGAAAUGAUCAAGUUUUACUGCCAUGAUCAUAGUGCUCUAAUUUGUAGCGUUUGCGUAACCCUUGAGCACUCGGCAACUUCUUGCAAAGUCAAUUACAUACCUGAUAUUUCUGGCGAGACCAUCAAUAGCAAAGAAUAUCAAAAUAUAUUGAAGGCUAUCAUUGAUCUGACAGAGAGAUCUGACACAACACUUAAAGACAAGAAGAAAUGUUUUGCAGAAUCAAACAAAUCUUUGAAAGAUGUAUUGACAGACAUAAAGAAAUUCCGAACAAGAAUCAACCGAAGAAUAGAUGAACUGGAAAGACAAGUCGUGGAGGCUGCAAAGGUUAUUCAAAAUGACAACAGCAAGAAUUUGACUGAAAUAGAAACAGUAUAUGGAGAUUUGUCAAAAUCAUUAAAAUCAUUCUCGGAUGAUAUCAAACAUUUCAAUACAUCCAAAAAAGCCAAUGAUUUGUUCAUAGAAUUAAAACAUGCAGAACAGAUGAUUAAACAUUAUGACCAGAGCGUUGCUAAGCUCUCGGAAUCUGAAGUGAAAACAUACACCUUUCAACCUAAUAAGGCCAUAUCAAGUCUUUUUGACAAAGAGAAGUCAAUAGGAAUAUUGAAAGGUACAGCAUUAAACCUUCAUACUAAGUCUAGACAGUACUCACAUAAGGAAAAGAUCUGUAUCAAAACAUCACGGGAUAACAAAUCAUGCCUAAUAGCAGGAAUGACUUUCCUUGCACCUGAUCUUCUUAUUAUUACAGAUUAUGAAAACAUUGCCAUAAAAAUUAUUGAUUUAAGCGAAAAGUCUGUUUUAGUUCGACAAUGUCUUCGUCUUGACAACUGGAAUCUCACAUCAUCUUCAAAACAUGAACCUUCUUUUCAACUCAGGCAGAAUUAUCUGCCUCUCCCCGGGAGUAAACCUUGGGAUGUCACAUUAGUAUCACAAAAUGAAAUUGCUGUGACACUUCCACUCAGGCAAACUAUUCAAUUCGUGUCUGUCUCUAGAAAAUCCCUCACGAAGAAGCACAAUUUGAAAGUUGAUGGAAACUGCUUUGGUAUUAACUGUCAUAAAGAUAGAAUGGUGGUGUCAUUUUCGAGGCCUGGUAAAAUUCAAAUUCUUCUCAUAGACGGGACUGUAUUACUGACAAUUCGAGGUGAAAAUAUUUUCAAAAAUCCACUCUAUAUUACAUCAAAUGACAAUUGUAUCUAUGUCUCCGAUUCUGAGAUGAAAACAGUUACCAAGUUAAAUUGGCAUGGUGAGGUGAAAGGUAAACAUGUUUGUACAGAAACGCCAUUAGGUUUGUCAAUGACAGAAGAUAGUUCUGUGUUUGUAUGUUACAGUACCAAUAUGAUCAUAGAAGAGAUAUUAGGAGACUGCACUAAAGGACGGGUUGUUGUAAAGGAUACACGACGUUCUAAUGCUCUCUAUUGGUCUACUGAAACAUGCACAUUGUACACAAGCACCCGGUCUUAUAAAGAAAAUGAUACAGAAGACAAUAACUAUAUACACAUCCUCAAAUUCUUGUAAUAAGAAUAGAAGGAGUACAUUGUUAUUUAAAGUGUCUAACCUUCCUACGUAUCAGUUUGAAAUAUGAUAAUGUAGUCGAGGGCUGUGUGAUGAUCGUUGUUGUGAAAUUUAAUAAAAAAAACUACUUAGCGGUUUUUAUUUAAAGAAAUGUUUGAUAAAUCGUGAAAAGGUCACCUCUGAACACUUUGUGGUCUGUGUUCAGAUAAGAUAAUUCAACAUCAAAGAAUUUAACAUGUAUUGCAGUACUUGUACAAACAGUGCGUGUGUUUUUUCUGCCUAUGUAGAUACUUAUUAUUCUUCUAGGCACGACUGUUUGUUAUUGUUUGUUUUUUGUGGAAAAUCAUAUUUUCAUAGAUGCAAGGUUAUCUAUUUAUGACGUAUAUUAUUCGUUAACAUUUUUUAUAAAAAAUUGUGGGUGGUGACCCCUAUUUAUAGCUUUAUUUGAUGUGGCAAAGAGGGCAUAAUUAUUGAUUGAUUGAUUGGACGCUCCCGCGGUAAAGACAAGUUUAAGAAACCUUCGAUAAGAUCAAUCAUGGCGGCGCCCACUUCACAAAAGAUUCAAAUAUUUGGACUAUUUUAAUUCCUCGUAUUUAAUAAAGAGAUUUAUUGUUUCCUUAAUCUAG